AUUGAUUAACCCUUUAACCGCCAGAGUCGGAUUAAUCCGACCAAUGUUAUCGUGUCCAUUUCGCCUAGGUCGUAUAUAUCCGACAAAAUAGCUGUGUUUGUUUUUAGUGGCUUUUCCGACUCGUCAUGUUUUAUAUUGCCUUAAACAUGUUAUUAUAUGAAGAUUUAAUACAUAAAGCAAUCAUUUGUAAUGUCGUACACUUUUGGUUCGUACUAAAAAGCCAUAUUAAGAAGUAAGAAGUUCGGUGAAAUAACUGAUAAUAUUCUCUUGUAAUUUCAUUAGUGCCAAACGCCCGCGUCGGAGAAAUCCGACACUAGUGUUGGGACAUUAUUCAAAGAGUAACAUGUAAAAAAAAAUGUACAUCAAAGCAGUUCUCUUAAUAUUGACUUAUUCAGAGAACAACAAAUAAAUUAAUUACUAAUAAAUAUUUCUUUACAAUAGUUCUACAUAGUUUUAUUGAAUUCUUCUGAAAAUAAGCAAAUAAGUUGUCAAAUGUCGACAAUUGUGAAUGAUAGUGUUCCCAUCCCUAGAUGACAUGUUACGAAUAUCAUUACGUCAGUUUGCCCAGCGCCACGGUCGGAUAAAUACGACCGCUUUAGACGUCAUAAACGAGUUCUGGUUUCCAGAAUAUUCCAUAGUGUUGUGAUUGUGCGUGCCAUUUUAGUUACGAUGACUACAGCUGAAGAAUUAAUUCGAAUUCUGGAAGGUGAGGAAAAUGAAGAAUUCAUACCAGACGAAGACUUUGAUUUUGAUGAAGAGGUUCACACGGGCAAUGUCGCAGCCACUGACAUUAACUGGACUACGCAAAUUUCUCCUCCAGUGUUAGAAGAAUUCGAUGAGUUUAUUUGUGGAGUGUCGCCAGAUAUCGCAUUAGAUAGUGAUUCCUCGGAAUUACAAUUUUUUGAAAAAUUUUGUGAUAUAGACUUGGUGCAGAAAAUUGUUGAUUGUACGAAUAAGUAUCAUCAACAAUUCGUAAGACAUACUGAUCUCAGAGUGUAUUCAAGGCUACAGCGAUGGCAAGACGCGACUACUGAGGACAUCUACAUCGUAUUAGCUUUAACCAUGCUUUUUACUAGAAAUAAACGCAUAACAAUUGAAGAACAUUGGUCAACAGACCCUUUAUUGCAUAGCGCGGUGUUUCAUAACACAAUGUAUCGAAAUAGAUAUUGUUCAAUUAUAGCAAUGUUAUGCUUUUAUGAAGUAACUGCAAGAGCCAGUGAUACAUCAAGGUUACAAAAAAUAAAAAUGAUGAUCGACCACGCACGUGAAAAGUUCAAAAGCACAUUUAUGCCUGGUCGCAAAUUAUGUAUUGACGAAAGUAUUGUGCCAUUCAAAGGGCGACUAGUUAUGAAACAAUACUUACCUAAAAAACGUAAUAGAUUUGGCAUAAAACUGUUUGUUUUAUGCGAUGUCAAAACCGGUUACAUAGUGGAUUUCAUAGUAUACUGUGGAGUCGAAACUCAAGUUGAGCUCUUACAAAAUUUAGGUUUAACUGGAUCAGUUGUAAAUGAACUAUUAAAAGACUAUUAUUAUUGCAACCGAGAAUUAUAUGUAGAUAACUGGUAUUCCAGUCCUCGGCUUUUUCUUCAUUUACAUCAAAGGGGCACAUACGCAUGUGGCACCGUAAAGUCUAAUAGGAAGGGAAUGCCAAGCUUCGAAAGACUGAAACGUGGGGAAACCGCAGCUUACGCAUCACCUCCGCUUUUGGCUCUUAAAUGGCAAGAUAAAAAAACAGUUUUAAUGUUGUCGACGUUUCAUGAUGAUAAAAUAGUUCCAUCAAACAGUGUAGACUACUCCACUGGGUUGCCCAAACUAAAACCACAGUGUGUAGUGGACUACACAGGAAAUAUGGGAUCGGUUGACACUUCUGAUAUGAUGACCAGUACGUUAGGCUGUAUCAGAAAAUCAAAAAAAUGGCAUAAAAAGCUGGGUUUCCAUGUAAUUGACAUGUUUAUGCUCAAUGCUUUCUUUUUGUUUAAAAUUAUGAAAAAUAAUACAAACUGUAGUUUUGCUGAUUUUCAGUUAAGCGUUAUCAGACAACUAAUAGAAAAAUAUAAACAACCUGCUAUAAUCCAGCCUUCUACAUCACGCGGCAUCAUUGAUCCUUUCCGAUUUUUACAUCAAGAUUCCUUACAACAUUUUCCUGUGAAAAUACCAAACCGAAAAUCGCAAAGGUGUAAAAUUUGCGCAUCAAAGAAAAAAAGAUCUGAAACGCGUUUUAUGUGCAGAAAAUGCAAUGUGUAUCUGUGUGUAGAUCCGUGUGCUACUGAAUACCAUAAAACUACAGGAAAGAUUGAAGAGAGCCAAUCAAUUUUAGCUGACUACAGCCAAGACGAUGUAACAGAUAGCCAAGAUGUUGUUAUCCCUGUCCAAUCACAGUUAAGAAGUUGCGAUAGUACACCAGAUUUAUACAGAUCUAUCGCAACGCAAACUCGUGUUAAAACAGCAACUGUAAGUACACAGUAUGAGCAAACUUGUAAUCCGAUCAGAGAAACUGCAAGAAUCUUAGCUGACGGCUAUUUUAGGGGUAAUGAAACUCUUAAAAAUAAGUUUAUAGAAAGUUACAUAAAUUUGGUAUCUACUAUAAUUCGCUUGAUCGAUUCCGAUUAAAAUACAACCUUUUAUUAAAAAAAACCGUAUUUUUUAAAUAACUGAUUGAUGUUCGAUUUUUUAUAAUUAUUUUUAUAACGCUAUGUUGUUAGAUUUCAAGAAAUUAAUGCGUGUGUGUAGACAGGUACCCAUAUUUUGAUUUUAAGUAUAUAUUUAGAAAUCAUUGUGAUCAUGUUGUAACUUUUGUUCUCCUAUACUGGCUGAUUUAUUGUGUAAGAUUUUGAUAGAUAAUUAUUUGUUAUUACUGAGGUUUUGCUGAAAAAAUGCUGUUUGUACCUAAACCUGUUUUUAGAGUAGGCAGAUAAGUACCUACCUAAAUGUUGAUUAUUGAGCUACUGAUUUAUGUGAGGACGGAAUUUAUUCGGUACCUAUCUAUAAAGAAAUCACUGUGAUAAUGUUAUUAGUGUAAGUAUAACUUUAGUUCUUUUUAUUGUAAGUCAAGGACACAUAAACCUUAUAGCGAGA